AAUCACCGGCGAGAUCCUGCAGCCGGCGGUUUGAUCACCCUGGAGGGAACAAACAUAACAUUACGGGUUGCACGUAGUAACCAACAACGACAACCAUAUCACUCAGUCCAUGAAAUCAGGACCGUUCACGUUAAUCCAACCACUCAUCUUAACCGUCCUAUUUCCUAAACGUCUUCGCACGCGUUUUCUCAUUGUUUUGAAACAUUCUUCAUAACAGAAAAAACGGUACAACAACACCCUCUGUCUUUGUUUCUCUCUUUCCUUGUUCAUCUUUCUGCGUUGUUCACAAUCAUUGUUAUGAAACUCUGUCACGUUCAGGUUUCAUCUUCCCAAUCACAUUUUUGUUUUUUCCAAUACCCACCUCAAAAACUUUCCAUCAUUGCAUCUUCCAAACCUAAACCCUCUUCAAUUUCCACGUUUUUUUAAUCAAUCAUGGGUCCUUGCUAUUAAUGCGUGUGAUUUCUGUGUUCCCCAAAUCUUGGAAAGGGUUUUUCUUUCCAAUUUUUGUUUCUCUUGUUUCAGCACACUUGCAUGUUCAUGGUUCACACUCUUUGUUAAUCCACAUCAAUGGCAUUGCACCAUUGAGCUGAUAAGAUGUUUAGGAAGGGGAGUGAAUAGUGUCAGAUGGGAAACAACUGUGUUGGAUCAAGAGCCUCUUCGAAGGAAGGUUCGUUUACAUCUAGUUUUUCAAGUUCAUUCUGGUGGUCACGCGGCAGAGCCAAGAAAGAGGCUUCUCAUAAACAAAAAAGCAGAAGUUCAAAAGCAAAAGCAAAAGAAACUAGUGAUGUUCAAUACAAGCCUCCACAGGUAGUGAAAAUGGAGAAGGAGGAGGUGAAGGUGAAUGUGAAUGUGAAGCCAACUCAAGCCAAUGAGACGGCGAAAUCACCGCCUGCAGAACCGACGAAUCAAGGAGUUGCUAAACCAGAAGAGCCUGCAAAACCAAAGAGACCCCACAAUGUGAAGAGGCUAGCAAGUGCAGGACUGAAAGCAGACUCGGUUCUGAUGCGAAAAACGGGUAACCUGAAGGAGUCUUACAAUUUGGGGCAGAAGCUAGGACAAGGGCAAUUCGGAACCACUUUCCUUUGUUCGGAGAAAGCCACUGGGAAAGAGUAUGCUUGCAAAUCAAUUGCAAAGAGGAAACUGCUGACAGAGGAGGAUGUGGAGGAUGUGAGGAGGGAGAUUCAGAUAAUGCACCACCUUGCUGGGAGCCCCAAUGUGAUCUCCAUUAAGGAGGCUUAUGAGGAUGCUGUGGCUGUUCAUGUUGUGAUGGAGUUGUGUGCAGGGGGUGAGCUGUUUGAUAGGAUUGUGGAAAGAGGGCAUUACACAGAAAGGAAAGCAGCUAGGCUUGCAAGGACUAUUGUAGGUGUUAUUGAGUCUUGCCACUCCCUCGGAGUAAUGCAUCGCGAUCUUAAGCCGGAGAACUUUCUUUUCGUCAAUGAGCAGGAAGACUCACCCCUAAAGGCAAUAGAUUUUGGACUGUCUGCUUUUUUCAAACCAGGUGAAAUUUUCAAUGAUGUGGUAGGAAGUCCUUAUUAUGUUGCCCCUGAAGUUCUACGCAAGCGUUAUGGCCCAGAAGCAGAUGUGUGGAGUGCUGGUGUUAUUGUAUACAUUCUCUUAUGUGGGGUUCCUCCAUUUUGGGGUGAAUCGGAACAAGAUAUAUUUGAGGCGAUUUUGCAUGGUGAUCUUGAUUUCACGUCAGAUCCCUGGCCUAGUAUCUCUGAAAGUGCAAAAGACUUGGUUAUGAAGAUGCUUGUCAGAGAUCCUAGAAAACGAUUAACAGCAUAUGACGUUCUUCGCCAUCCCUGGAUUCAGGUUGAUGGAGCAGCACCAGAUAAGCCUCUUGAUUCAGCAGUUUUAAGUCGCAUGAAGCAGUUUACUGCAAUGAACAAGCUCAAGAAAAUGGCUCUUAGAGUUAUUGCAGAGAAUCUCUCUGAAGAAGAAAUUGCUGGAUUGAAAGAAAUAUUUAAGAUGAUAGACACAGAUAAUAGUGGUCAAAUUACCUUUGAAGAACUCAAGAUUGGGCUGAAAAAGUUUGGCGCUAAUCUCAAUGAAUCUGAAAUUUACGAUCUAAUGCAAGCUGCAGAUGUUGAUAACAGUGGCACAAUUGACUACGGAGAAUUCAUAGCUGCAACGUUGCAUCUAAACAAAGUUGAGAGAGAAGAUCAUUUAGUUGCAGCUUUCUCAUAUUUUGAUAAAGACGGAAGCGGCUAUAUCACUCAAGAUGAGCUUCAACAAGCUUGUGAAGAAUUUGGCCUUGGCGAUGUCCGUUUAGAGGAAAUGAUCCGAGAAGCUGAUCAAGAUAAUGAUGGAAGAAUAGACUACAAUGAAUUUGUAGCUAUGAUGCAGAGAGGCAAUGCAGAUUUGGGUAAGAAGGGUCGAAAGGGUAGCAGUAGUUUUAGCAUUGGAUUUAGAGAGGCACUACCAGUGUGUUAAGAAAAUAGUCAAUGAGUUUCUCUUAAUUUUGGUAAUUUAGCACUUUCUCCACUCUAGUGUGUUGAGCUUGAACAUAGUUUCUCUUGAGAAAAAUCAUUGAUUUUGCCAUCUUCUGUAUAAAAACAUUAUCUUGGCAAGAGUAAAUUCUUUUCAGUUCUGAUAACAAAGUGGCAUCUCAGGAGCAUUUAUUGUGAGAGCUGCAUCCAUCUUCUUAGAGCGUAAAACAAUUAAAUUCAAUUCAUGUGCAACAUGUAAUAAUGACUUGACUAUAGAGUUGGUAAAGAGGAUUUUUCAACGGGUACUUGUCAUGUUUCACA